AUGACAUCGAAUCAAGGUUCCGUUCCUGAAUUGCACCGCGCUCUCGUGGUCCGCGACGUCAAUGUCGAACCCAAGGUUGAAACCAUACCGGCCCCACAAGUACUGCCGGGCACGGCGGUCCUCCGGGUCCUUUCGGCGCCCAUCUUGUCUUACAUGAACGAUCUCUUCAUUGGCAACAAGCGCGGAUAUGAGUACCCUCUACCCAUAGUGCCUGGUACUUCAGCGGUCUGCCGAGUUGCGUCUCUGGGGCCAGACGCCACCUCGUUGAAGGUUGGCCAGCUCGUGCUGUUUGAUUGUUACAUCCGCGCCCGCGAUGCCCAGGGCGACGGACCAAAGAAUUUCUUGAGCGCCAUUACUGGCGGUUUCAGCGAGGCAAGCCAGAAGCUGAUGCGCGACGGCGGAGUCCGCGACGGCGCCUUUGCCGAGUAUGUGAGGGUACCUCUCGAGAAUGUUUUUGUCCUGGACGAGCAGCGCCUCCUCGGAAGUCCUGAGCAGGGCGGCUUGGGUUUAGGUGUCCACGACGUUGGGGAUAUAUAUAAGCUCCUGGUUCCCUUUGGAGGGCUAACUAGCGUCGGCCUCAAACCUGGCGAAACGGUGCUCGUGAGUCCAGCUACCGGGCCUUUCGGCGGAGCUGCCUGUCUGGUUGCGUUGGCCAUGGGCGCCAGAGUGCUGGCUUGGGGCCGGGAUGAACAAGAACUCCAAAAUAUUGAGGGGAAACUACAGAAUAUCAACUCUGGGCGCUUUCGAGGGAUGAUCAAGACUGUGAAGAUGCACAAUGAACCCAUCAAGGACACUGAGGCGAUUAGGCUUGCCGCGGGCGGGCGUCCGAUUGACGCCUAUUUCGACAUCUCGCCACCUCAAGCUACAGGAUCUACACAUUUCAAGACCGGCAUUUUGUCUCUGAAGCACAGCGGUAGAGUCAGCAUGAUGGGCAGCUUGACCGACGACGCUGCCGUGCCAUAUACUUUCAUCAUGAUCAAUGAUAUUACGCUCAGAGGGAAAUGGAUGUACGACCGACACGAUAUCUUCUCGCUGAUCAACAUGGUAGAGCUUGGCCUCUUGAAGCUUGGCGGGGAUGGAGGUUGCAGUACACCUGGCAUCUUUGGCCUCGAAGAGUGGAAAAAAGGUUGGGACCUCGCCGAGGUAAAGAACAGUUUGGGUGAAAAGGUUAUCAUUAGCCCUUGA